AUGCAGAUCAAGCGCUUCCAGCUCUUCCGGGAGGAUGUCCGUGACCUCGUGGAGCUGACGGUGGGCAAGAUGGAGAUGUACCACGUUGUGGGGGCGCUUGUGCUGGAAUGCACAGUCAUCUACUACACGGAGGGCCGCAUCCGGACCUCGUCACCGCCAUUUCUGCUGGGCCUCUACUGGCUCUCGGCAGCAGGCACCUUCAUCUACGUGCUGCUGUGCGUGUGGUUCAGCAUGUACGCGUCCAUCUCCUCUCACAGUUUCGGGGUCCGGCUGCUCACGCGCUUCGUGCGUCUACCCAUCCCGGGAAGCCAGCAGAUCAAUGCGCUGAAUGCCCGACUUACCGACUUCGAGCGGCAGGGCAAGAAGAUCAUGCGCAUCCCCUUCUCCCGGGACGUGCCGCAGUGGCAGCAGCGAAGGGACCUCAAGGACCAGCCGGACCCACGGCUGGGGAAGGGUGAGGGAGACGAGAACUUUUUGACCGCUGUCGUCAAGCCCGGGGCAAUGAAGCAGCAGGACCUGCUGGAGGAGGGCGUGCAGGCUUACCAGGACGAUGAAGUCGGGCUCCAGCAGGCUGCACAGAACCUGCCUGGAAAGCAUGUCCGACUCUUCCGGGAGCUACAGGCGAAGUGGCAGUGCUAUGACGCCUACGCACGCGUGUCCAUGUCCCUUGGUGUGAAUCACAUCUGCAUGACGAUGUCGUACUAUGUGAUCGGCCUUACGGUCCUGGAAUACCGCUCGCCAUCGAUCAUGUUCGCCUUGGUGCUGGUCUUCCAGGCCACGAAUCUCGCUCUAGCCUGGCUGGACGUGGCUGGCCUCAAGAGAAAGACCAUCUCGUCUCUGGAGCUCCUGGGAUCCGUGCCCCCCUUCAUCACCUGCAUCUCCAUGGUGAGCGCGCCAUACCUCGAGGGAGGGCGCGGUCAGUUCGAUCCAAACCACGAGUUCGUCCUUGGCUGCGUGGCCUUCUUCAUCACCGCGAUCUGGCUGGAGGGUCUACUCCACCUUGCUUGGCCGAGCGCGGACCUGGUGAUGCUCCCCAAGCGUUUCCGAUCCGUGCUCUUCCUGGACGUCUUCGGCGUGGCAGAUGACAUCAAGCAGGAGGCGCACCACUCGCAGCAAGAGGACGAGCGCUCCCCGAUCCACGAGAUCUCCAGGGAGGAAGCAGAAGCUGCGGACACCGCCGUGUCGGACGCGGAGGCGGCGGUGCGCCGGUGGGCGGAGCUGCCAGACGGCACAGUGGAGGAGAAGGACAUAAAGGAGACGUUGGAGUCUCUCCGAUCCAAGGUCUUGAUGUGGCGCAAGGCGGGUGUAAGUGCCAAAGACUCGAUCGCCGCUUCAUCCUCGCAGUUCCUGGUGCAGGUCUUGAAUGGCGAGGCGGCAAGGAGAGCCAGCGCACGAGGAGACACGGCGGAUUUAGAUGUGCGAGGUCCUGAGGUGUAG